CAGCCAUCCAAAUCGGUAACCAAGAUCAAAAUCGACGGUUAGACGAACCUGACACAUGAAGCCAAAUACGCAUCCUCUCUCCUCCCCACUUACUUCUAGAGAGAGAAACAUCAACAAACCAGAAAAAGAAAAAAAAAAAAAAAAAACUCCUUCCUCCAUUCUUCUUCCUCUGCUCCCCGCCGUAUCUCAACCCCAUCUCUCCGUGUCGAAUUAAUAUUCUUCUCCCUACGUGCGGCUUUUAGCCAUCACCAAAAGAACCCCUCCGCACCACCCCCGCUCCUCCUCCGCCGCCGCCGUACUCUGCAUCCAGAGAUCAGAAGCCUUUUGUCUGUUUCCCUCGAGCACUGAAUUUGAGGUGAGAUGUCUUGUUGUCAAUCUCGAGUUCAGAUUUUUAUGUGUGCCAAGUAUGUCAUCUGCGUGUCUUAUUGUCGAGGAUUUGAUCGAUUCUGAAUUGGGUCUCACUUGAUAAAUUAAUCCAAUUGGAAAAUUGAUGAUUGGGGCUCAUCAUUUUGUAACCAUGGUGGUAGGGUGGAGUUGAACUCCCGAUUUGAUCGGAUUAGCUUGAAAUUUUGAAACUGUUGUUCUAUCUCUAUGUUCUAUUAGGGUCUCCAAAGCAAUCUGGAUUUUGCUGCCCGUCAAUUGUUUGGUCAUGUCGUUAACUUUAACAUGCACUAAGCCGAUUCUGCUGCAGUGACUUCUGGUGUGGAACCUUGUGGUUAUGUCGUCAUCGUUCCCAAUUCUUCAUACUUCCAUCGAAGACAAGUACCCCAAAUCGCCAAACGCUUUCCAGAUGCCUUCCGAGAGGGAGCUAAUGAGAAACUCUCUACCUCAACAGACGUUUCCAAUGGGUUCUGGUAGUGGGACAGUUGAGCAGUUUUUCUCCUCGUCAUCUUCCAGAUUCGUCACCGGCGAGAUGUUUGUCACUUCAGUUUCUUCGCCUCUGGGAAAGCAUUCCCGGAAUUCGCCAUUUAUUUCCCAAUCAGCAAGCGGCAGAGCAAGUUCACCGUCGUUGCUGUCAUCCCAUACUGAAGUACAAUCCUCAUCGUUGGGCAGUAGUCACUCUGAAGAGAGUAAUACUAAUAAGACAAUUGCUUGUUGGCCCAUGGACUCGAUUUCGGACUUUCUCGAUUUCCCGGAGAAUGUCUCCAUUCAAAAUGUUUGUCAGGAGGAGACUACAUGUGUUGUUGCGUCUGAAGAUCCUACCAAGAGAACAACGGAUUGGCAGUGGGCAGAUCAGUGGAUAUCGGUUGAUGAUAAUCUCAAUACGGACUGGAAUGAAAUUCUUUCUGGAGUUGCUGCCACCGAGACUAAACAAAAGGCGCCGCAACAAUCUUCUAGUAACUCGGUGCCAACUAUCUCAGUUGAACAACCUCAAGUUAAGCACCAGCAAGCUGCGGUUAAUGAAGUAAUCUCUGUUGCUACCCCACUUUCCUCUGCACCAGUUGCAACCAAAGCCAGGAUGAGAUGGACACCAGAGCUUCAUGAGGCUUUUGUGGAAGCAGUCAAUCAGCUUGGUGGCAGUGAACGAGCUACUCCAAAGGGUGUCUUGAAGCUAAUGAAUGUUGAAGGGUUAACGAUUUAUCACGUGAAAAGCCACUUGCAGAAGUACAGGACAGCCAGAUACAAACCAGAGCCAACUACUGAAGAUGACUCAGAAAAAAAGUUGAGUUCUAUUGACGAGAUGAAAUCCCUUGACUUGAAAACGAGCAUAGGGAUAACUGAAGCGUUAAGACUACAGAUGGAAGUUCAGAAGCGAUUACAUGAACAGCUCGAGAUUCAGCGAAACUUACAGCUAAGAAUCGAAGAACAAGGGAGGUAUCUGCAGAUGAUGUUUGAGAAGCAAAAGAUGGGAGAGGACAAAGCCAAGCUUCCUUCUUCUUCUACCCCAGCCAAUGAUCCAGCAUCAAUUGCAGUUCAGGCUUCUUCAGGCGAUAAAUUAGAAGCUGCCGAUGUUGAUAGACCAAAGAUUCCAGAAAAAGAGACGAGCAAUAAAAGUCUGCAUGACGACCAAACUGGUGACAGUGAGUCCAGUCCGGUGCAGGGGAAACGAAAAAGGACGGACCAAACAUCAUCAUCAGCAUUAGUAUAGUCUCAAUAUGUAUUAGGGAGGCUGAUGCGAAUCCUUGAAGUUUUGGCAACUUCAGAUUCUUGCUUCUUUAACGUUUGUUACAGAAGUGAAUGUUUUAGCUGCUAUACCAUGAUGAUAAUUGCUAAUCGAAUUCCCCGAUUUAUGAUUCUUCUAUUAUCUCUGAUCUGGGCUGGUUUGAUGGGCAUACUGUGGCUUAGUUAAGACUGAUGGUAAUGUAUAAAUUGUAUAAAUGUAGGACUGCUGCUUCGUUUGAAAGUUGGUUUAGUUUGAUAUGGCAUUCUUGUACAUAUUCUUAUCAUGGAAACACUUGGCUCAAAGAUGUCGAUCACUUGUGUACAAUCGGGUGGAAUCACCUUCGGUGCAACCAAUCCAAAUUAAAAUCACGUUUUAAACUUUAAAAAUUAUGUUUUCGCGCUUCCAAGUUAUAAGAAAAUUUCUAUAUGAAAUAGCGUUUUUCACUUACGGAUAUAGUCAAAAUCUAUGUAUUAUUACUUUUCUUAUUGUAAAAAAAUCAUUUAGACUUAUGAAAAACACCAUUUUCUAUUAUUUAGUUAGGAUCCUCUUUUGAAUGCUUAAUACCAAACAAAUUUUUGAAAAUUUAGAAUCAAUUAUCAUUAUAAUUAUUUUUAAUUAUCAUUAUGUGUUCUAAUAAUUGAAUCAUUCCAUGAAUGUUGUACUUAAUAAUGUUGUAGCUUUUAUGGUCAUAUUUUAUUUUCUAUAUUUUUUCCCGAAUGUUGUAUCUUUUAUAUUUUAUUUAUUACUUGGUCACUUUUCAUCUCUUUUCGUUCUAAAUUUUUUCAAUUAGUGGAAUAUUUUUAAUUAUUUUUUAUUGUGUUCUAUUUAUCCUUUUUUUAUUUUGAUGUAUUGAUGAUCGAUUAGGUUCUAUUUUAACUAUUUUUAAUGGUGUUUUAGCUGAAUUAGGGGGUUUAAAUAGAUAUUCUAAUAUUAAUUUUAAAUAUUUAUUAUAAUAUCUAGUAUAUUUAUUAUUCUUCUUGAUAUUCAUUUAUUAUUUUACUAAUUAAUCUAUUUAUUUUAAAAAAAUUGAUUAGUCAUUAUAAAACUUGUUGAAUUAUAGUUUUGGAUGUUUUUAAAAGUUUUGAGUAUCAAAAAGUAAUUAAAAGUUUGGAUUGGAUGGAAAAGCAUACAGAUGCACAUUUUGGUGACAUUAAUGUUACCUGACGCCCUAUUCAAAUUUAAGUGGUAUGUCUAUCCCAAUUCUCAAACUUAAGUGGCACCCUAGGUAUUUUACCCCUUACCUUCAACUUACACUUACUUGUUGGAGGAGGUAGACCGGUUCCGUCAAAAUAGCAUACUAAGUCCACAAAAUGGUUUAUGUACCUCUUUCGAUGAACAACCGACUAGAUGACAUAAUUACCUUAUACUUGCAUUAGGAAAAUAAUGGACAAUAGGAGACCAACAAUAUAUAUAUAUAUAUAUUUUUGUAGUAACACAACAUCCUAUCACCUUGUGGGCAACAAAAUCCCUAUGCAGAUUAUAGGCAAGACAAAAAGAAACACCCUCUUUUAACUCUUCUGGAAUAAAAAUCCACAAAAGCGAUGAUAUGAGAUUUAUGGAUGUUGAAGAUGACAUAAUUGUAUAAAAAAUAUACUCUACUUUUUGAGCAUCUUCAUAACAACAUUAGCGACAAAGUUGAUCCAUCAGAAAGAUAUAUAUACGUAGAAACAAGAAAAAUUAGAAUUUGAA